AUGACGGUGGUUGCCGCACGCGACGACGCGGACAGCGACAAUUCCUGGACAAGAGUUGAGAAGCGCAAAGCGAAGAAGAUGAAGAAAGUGGAGGCAAAGAAUGAUGCGAAUCCGCCAAGAUUCAUGUAUGUAAAGUCCGAGAUUAUCAGGCGCAGAGCUGCAGUAGGCAUCAGCGAUAUUCGUGACCUCGUGUUGCAUUUAUCGGCUUAUUCGCCCCCUCCAGGUUGGUUGAGAGUAGAAAACGCAGGCUCUGUAAACAAGGUCGUCGCUCUUCUGGUCCCUGGGCUGACUCCCGACAUCCUUUCUCUACCGCCAUUGCCGACAUCCGCCACAAUCAACCCCAAUGUGCCCUUUCAGAUACCUCUCCCUUCAGACGCCCUCCCAGAAGGUUCAUCCCAUCGCCUUCCCUUUAUCAGUCAGACGUUCAGCCACGCAUGCCCCACUCGCGCGCCAGGCGACCAGAACAGAAUGCAUUCGGUCCUUGACGCCUUCUUCCAGGGGCCCAUCACGGGCGAGGAGAAGAAGAGGCGGAUCAUGGAACGCGUGAAUUCAGAGUGCGCAUGGGAGAAGACUCCGAUGCGAUAUCUACUCACAACAGAGCAGAUGAUCGAGAACGAUUACCCGAUACCGUCGUAUGUCGCCGACGUGUUUGAGAAGUCGCUAGGCUGGGUAGAGACCGCUGCACCUGCGGAAGACUCGAUAUCACACUCGAAGGGAAAGGCUCCGAGGAUGUUCGCAAUGGAUUGCGAAAUGUGUGUUACAGAGGAUGGCAAGGAGCUUACUCGCGUAUGCAUGGUCGAUUAUACAUCCGGCAUCGUUGUGUACGAUCAGCUAGUCAAGCCACAGAAACCGAUUGUAGACUACCUCACUCGCUGGUCAGGUAUCACGGCCGAGGCCCUUGACCCGGUAACCACGACAUUCGAGGAGGUGCAAACACACAUUCUCUCCAUCCUCUCCGCCACCCCUACUCCAAUCCUCCUUGGGCACUCUCUCGAGUCCGACUUGAAAGCACUGAAGAUCUGCCACCCACGAUGCAUCGAUACUGCCGUCAUAUACCACCAUCCACGCGGACGGCCGCUGAAGCCCGGAUUGGCGUGGCUCACGAGGAAAUGGUGCGGGCGGGAGAUUCAGAACCGGGGAGAGAAUGGACACGACCCCGAGGAGGACGCGCGGGCUUGUGCGGACCUGCUGAAGAAGAAGAUUGAGAAUGGGCCAGGCUUUGGCGAAUUCAAGAUCGACACGGAGUCCAUCUUUGAGCGCAUCACUCGGUCGAGAGGGGACAACGUGGCCACUGCCGUGGUGGACCACGGAAAUCCGACUGCAUUUCACGGGGGAAAGGCGACGACCACCAUCGGCUGCAAAACGGAUUCUGAGGUGCUCGAGGGCCUGCUUGGGGUAAUACCCUCACAUCACUUUGCGUUCGGCCGGUUCACCGGCCUCGCCAAUGCUCUUGGAUGGAUCUCACCCAAGGCAAGCAUCGACUUCACGUCUCAGACGUCUCCUCCUGAAUCGCCCUCCGCCGAUAUCCGUGAGGUCCUCGCCACGCUCGACAACCACCUCAGGACAGUGCAUGCAGCGCUUCCAUCGAGGACUGCACUCAUCAUCUUCACGGGCCAUUCGGAUCCACGACGCAUGGUUGAGUUGAAUGCGCGCAAGGCAGCCUUCGAGAGCGCGCUUAAGCAGGGGAAGAAUCCCGAGGAUUUGGACAAGGAGAUGCGCUGGACGAGCGCGGACGCGAGGGCUCUGGAGGAGGAGGCUGAGAAGGCGAAGCGGGGUCUAUUAUUUUUAGGGGUCAAGGAUACCUCAUAGUUUCAUUUGUCAGUUUUCGUGUGUCAGUUUUGGGCGCGUUGUUUCUGUCAUUGCAUCUUGAGCUUGCAGUACCAUGCCGUGAGUCCUAACGCUGUGCCGUUAGCGCCUAAUACAGUCAGGCAUCGAUACUGGUUGGGUGCUCGUGCAAAAACUGUUGCGCUUUGGGAGG